AUGGCGCUGCUGCGCGUGCGCCACUGCAGCGCUCUCCUGUACUGCCGGCGCGCGCCGCUGCGUUGCCCCGCGUGCGGCGGGGACCUGCGGUGCGCCGGGCUGGCCGCCGCGCCUGUCCGCCUGCGCAGCCCCUUCCGGCAUGGCCACGGGCAGCCCCGCGCCUUCCUCAUUAGGCCCAGCCACGGCACCUUCCUGGACGGCUACGACGGGCACAGCGACCUCCACGUGGGGAUCACCAAUUCCCAGGGCGUGGUGUACAACUACGACCAGGAGGGUGUGCACAGGGCUGGCACUGGCUGGGAGCAGUGCAUCAGCAUCCCCUUGGUGCAGCCGGACAUGUGGGAGCUCCUGCAGCACUGGGACAGCCUCCUGGAGGAAUUCUCCUUGGAAGAGGCCUGGCUCCCAAACAGGUAUGAGGAGCAGCAGCACAACUGCUUCACCUUUGCCUUGGCCUUUGUCAACCGCAUGCGGCAAGGCCGGGGCCAGGACCUCCUGAGCAAGGCCCAGUUCACCGAGAGCUUCCUGCUCCCCCACACCAGGGAGGCCUCCAGGUACCUCACUGUGCACCAGCAGCUGGCUCACACAGACAUCUACAUUGUGCCCUUGGCUGAGCAGGAGCAGGACAGUGUGGCUGCAAACCACAGCUUGCUGGAGUAGCAGUGGGAAAGGAAGGGUUGAGGCUCCACAGCUCAGGGUUUGAGGUCUACUGUGGGUACAAACACCAUUAACUUCACCCUGCACCUCGGGGAGGGAUCAGGAUACUGAGCUUGUGCACUCCGGUGAAGUAACACACACACCGUGUACACAUGACAGAGAAUUUCCACGGGAACCAUUCCUGUGGAAAAACGUUUUCUGAUUUAGCAUUCCCUGUGUGCUCUGUUCUUCAAAGACACUUCACUCCAGAAAUCAGAACUGCUGUGGAAUUCAGGGCUUUACAAAUGAACUGUGGGAACUUCAGCUGUAGGAAACCAAAAUGGCCUUUUCCUGUCACAUUUGUUUACCGAGUAAAGAAAAGGGAACAUAUGCUUGUGUGCUGCUGAAAUCCCAAAUCUAUGUCUUGCUGUUAAUUUGUUUUAAUUACUAAUAC